UCACGUCAAUUGCUACGUUUGUGUCCACAAGUUAGGAGUGGCUUCCACGCUAUAGCCGAUGAUAAUGCUCUAUGCUAUCCAGUCUUUCUCCUUCUCUGCCUAUUGAUUGAUCUCAGCUUGACCGACGAUGGACACUCUCCUCUCUCAUUCAGCGUUAUUUUUAAGGCCUCCACUCCUCCCGGUUUGUACAGUUACCUCAACCUCCAGCUCCCCAACCGCUUGGUUGGCGCCCAGCUGCUCCAAGAACCCCUUCUUGGCGUCUCGAAUCCAAAGCAGAACACCGUGGUUGCGUAAUUCCUCUGCUGCUCGCAAGUUGUCGAUAACUUGCGGUGGUAUUACGGAGAUAAACGAGACCCAGUUCCCUGACAUUGUCUUGAAGUCCGACCGUCCUGUUCUGGUGGAGUUUGUCGCCACUUGGUGCGGUCCCUGCCGCUUAAUCUCCCCUGCUAUCGAAUCGAUCGCCCAGGAAUAUGGAGACAGAUUGACGGUUGUAAAAAUUGAUCAUGAUGCGAACCCUCGACUAAUUGAAGAGUACAAAGUUUAUGGAUUGCCAACUUUGAUCUUCUUCAAGAAUGGGCAAGAAGUUCCAGAAAGCAGGAGGGAAGGUGCAAUUACGAAAGUGAAGCUUAAGGAUUAUGUUGAUGCCUUGUUGGAGUCAUUAUCAGUUGCCUAGUCUGCUGAGCAAACGUGAUCAUUUUUUUUCUCUCAUAUCUAGAAAUGUGUAGGGAAAUCGUCCAAUAUUGACAGAUCAUUUACUUGUAUGUUCCUGCAUAUACUUUGUAACGAAGUCCAUAUGUACAUUCAAUUGUAUAAUUUGAGGAGUUAAGAGCAGAGAACUUUCAUGAGUCUGUUCAGGUAUUGUUAAGGAAGACAACUUACCAAAACCUUUUAAUUGCAUAUUACAUUGAUGUGUUGUGUA